GUGGCUCACUCAGUUUGGGAGUCUCGCGGAAACCGAAGUAGGCUACCUCAGAUCUUGAUCCAGUGCGAUGCCUAGCCAGUGGAGCGAAGCGCGCCGCGUUGCAACCGCCGCACAUGUAAAAGUGCGCCACCGCGGGCGCGCAAUUUUCAUUCAGACAGAAGAUACUCAGAGAUACAGCAUUAUCUUCUGCUGCUUUCCACGCCACGUGGUGGACACUUGAAAAGGGCUGAAACGUGAACUUUGAAUCAAACUCCAAUCCUGGGAGUCAUUUUGACGCGACCCACUCAAAAAUGACAUUAUUCUGUACUCUAUGUUUUAAAGGUUCGCAAAAAUGAAGUCUGGCAAAAGCGUUUGUAUCAUCAACGUGGGUGGCACUAAAUAUGCUUUUCCAAAGGACGUAAUCAAGGAUUUCCCUCUGAGGAGAGUAAGUCGUCUCCACAGUUGCGCCUCGGAGAGAGAAGUGCUGGAAGUGUGUGAUGAUUAUGAUCGAGAGAGUAACGAGUUCUUCUUUGAUAGACAUUCGGAAGCGUUCGGCUUCAUCAUGCUUUACGUGAAGUACGGCAAACUGCGCUUCGUCCCGCAUAUGUGUGAGCUGUCGUUUUACAACGAGAUGAUUUACUGGGGUUUGGAAAGCUCUCAUUUGGAGUUCUGCUGCCAGCGGAGACUUGACGAUCGCAUGUCCGAAACGUACACUCACUUUCCUGAGGAGGACCACAAAACGGACGAGAAAUUUAGGACGACGGAUCAGGCGUCAAGUCGGGUGGACGCAAAGCGGGACUCCAAGUGGCUGGAGCAGAUGCGCAGGACUUUCGAGGAGCCCACCUCCUCUUUGGCCGCACAGAUUUUGGCGUCCGUUUCGGUCAUUUUUGUCAUUGUGUCUAUGGUAAUGCUUUGCGCUAGCACUCUUCCUGACUGGAAAACUGCUGAUAGCAACAUAGUGGAACAGAACAGGUACUCUUUUGAGCAUCCAUCCGGGAUCAUCGAGGCGGUGUGCAUCGGCUGGUUCACGGCAGAGUGCAUUGUGCGCUUCAUUGUUUCCAGAGACAAGUGCGAGUUUGUGCGACGUCCACUAAACAUCAUAGAUCUUCUGGCCAUUACACCCUAUUACAUCUCCGUUACCAUGACUGUUCUCACGGGAGAGAACUCUCAGCUGCAGAGGGCUGGCGUGACAUUACGUGUGCUGCGCAUGAUGCGAAUUUUUUGGGUCAUCAAGUUAGCACGGCAUUUCCUUGGCCUUCAGACUUUGGGGCUGACAUUGAGGCGCUGUUACCGUGAAAUGGUCAUGCUUUUAGUCUUCAUUUGCGUGGCCAUGUCCAUAUUUGGGGCGUUGGCGCAACUUCUUGAGCAUGGUCUGGAUCUGCAGUCUGGGAACGAUGAAUACGCUAGCAUUCCUGCUGCCUGCUGGUGGGUUAUUAUCUCCAUGACGACUGUCGGCUAUGGAGACAUGUACCCCAUCACUGUGCCGGGACGUGUGCUUGGUGGCAUGUGCGUUGUCAGUGGUAUAGUGCUGCUGGCUCUUCCAAUCACGUUCAUUUAUCACAGCUUUGUGCAGUGCUACCAUGAACUUAAAUUCCGUUCAGCUCGCUGCACCAGAAGCCUCUCUGCUGAGUUUCUCAACUGACUCCCUCCCUAGGUUUGACUAUCACAAAUAAUGUGACUCUCUGCUGUCCAAUCUCCACUUUCUGUUAGAGAAACCAAACCCAAUAUAUUUGUGUGGUGACAUCUCCCGAGGCAAUUCCAUCAGAUAUUUUCAUCUCCAGAACAGGUUUCCUCGAUGCUGCUGAGUUUCAGUGCUUUAUCUGUUACUCAAGGGGCUGAGGAGGCUGCCUUGGUGAUGGUGGCAUCGAGGCCAGAUAUAUUUGAAAGGUACACACUGCCAGAGGGCAGCUUUCAAAUGUCAAUCAGAGGCCUUAAAAAGACUCCAACAUCCUUGCACUUUAGAUAUUCGAACUGCUCUAUCCAUGUGGCAUCCCGCCAGAAGGAAUUAGCUUCUGAAUGCUUCUUAGACAGCCUACAGGGUUGGCAGGCACAUAGGAGAGAAAUAAUUCAAUCAUUUGUCACCCAGGAACCUCUCUUUGAUGAUGCCUUCAUUCAUUAUAUGCAAUGAAGUUUUAAAGCAGCACCAUUUCCCCCAGCAUUUAAAAUAUUGAGGGCAACAAAACCUACUUUUUAGAAAGCUAUAAUUAAUGAGAUCAAAAACACAGAUGACUGACAAUAGAUUAAUAAAACAAAAGAUUUCAAUCCAUCUUUUCCAGUUACUGAGUACUCUUUCCAGGCUAAAUUGUCAUGUAGAGCUCAAUUUGGUGUGACAGCAAGCCUCUAGAGAUAGUCAGAGAGAACGAGCAGAAUACAGCGAGAGAAAGACAAAGAGAGAAUUAUAGGCAUGGAAUGAGAGCUGUGUGGGCAGCUAUGUAGCGUACGUAGAGUGGAACAUAACAGGCCAUGGAGAGAGAGUGCUGUCAUGGAGAGUUGGUGUUUUGGAUGGCACCACGCAGAGCACGUAGAGUUCUUCCAGAAUCAGCUACCUGUGAAGGUUCUCUACUGGCUUGCCUUUUUUAAGAUUGAGGAAGGUGAAGCCUUGAGGCUUGUGCACAUCUUCACAUAAAGUUCUCUGUAAGUCCAUGAAAAUUUCGGGAGAUCUUUCGGGACACAAUGACCUCAAGGCCCUCUCUCCUCCAAUGGAGUCACCCAUAACACCCACUUCUCCCCGACUCACUGCUGUCUCUAUGUUGUUGUGGCUCUAAUGUUCCUUAACACUCUUAGACAGACACCAGGCAAUGUGUUUGCUUUUAUGUUUCCACAUUUCUCCAAAGUUUGUGAGAAUGAUUAUCAUGGGAGGGCAUCUGCUGGAGAAAAUGCAAAAAAUGGGCUCAAAUAUUGUUGAGCUUCUAUUUAAACUCUAGGAAAAACAAAUCUUUAAAUUCAAAAUGAAGUUAAAAUUGACACUAUUUACCUUUUUAAUGAACGUGUCCUGUUCCAACUUCAAACUGCACAGAGUGUAAAUGUAUUAGUUAUUCCAGUGUCCAUUCAUUCACCUCAUAUUCAAUCCAUGAUAUAUCUCAUGACAAAUCCUAAUAAUAGUACGAUAUGGCGAAAUAGUAAGAAAACGUUUGAAUUUUACUCCCAUAGAAGAAAAUUCUGAACCAACGAACGAUCUUAUAACGAUUUUUCUUAAGUUGAACUCCUUACCCAAACCCUAAACCUAGCCAUGAUUUUUGUAGGAAAAUAAGUCUUGUUUACCACAGAGAAAAGAAAAAACGAGCAUUUGGAACAAGACAAUGAAAGUGUAUACAGGAUAUUGCCAUACAUCAGUCAUUUGUAAUGAUUAUAUAAAUAUUGAAUUGUAACAAAACUUCACAGCCAUUUUCUUUCUUAAAAUAAAGUGUUGGAUAGGAGGCUACCUAAAAUUUGGUGGUUGUAAAUUGUAUCGAUUUUAAAUUCUGUUUAUUGAUUGGUUGGUCUCUAUGAGAAUAAAAGUUGUACCUUUUCACAUGAGCCAAAUGCGAUGUCUUACAAUUUUGCAGUCUCGUACAUAUUAUCAUGAGAUUAUGUUGCAAAAAUAAGGACUAUGGUAUGAGAAACAUAUUAAUUUCAAGCAUUGCAAAACUUUCAGAACUCUGUUAACUUUGUUUCUAGUAUUUUAAUUAUAUUUUAUUUAUUUAUUUGGAACAUUUUCCAGUUCUUGCAGUUCAUGCUUUUUCUUCAAGUGUAAUAAAGUGGCUCCAUUGUAUCACUUUUGUCAGGUUUUAGCCUUUUUCUUUACAUCCAUCUCUAUAUUAUUUAUUAUUAUUAUUAUUAUAUUAGAUAUUUAAGGGCAUAUAUUCAGGUGUGUUUCAGGAUAUGACUGUUCAAUUGAGCUGAAAAUUGUAAAAUAUUGUAUUAUUUAAUUUCAAUUUCUCAGUGGGACAGAGGGCAAAAACCAUCAUUUAUGUAAUAUUUGGUUUGAUUUGUAAGGAUGUGUUUUUUAAAGUGUUUAAAAUGUCCUUUUCCUGUUCAUUGUUUUUUUGUUUUGUUUUUUCCACUAACAACAACAAAAAAAAAGGCUGGAUAUGAGAUUGACAGAACUUUAGAUAAAUAUGUUUGUUGGAUUUAGUUAUUUUUACAAACUUGUCUUUAUUCUUUUACCAAAUUUCUAACCUGAGACCAAACUUUUAAAUUGUAACGUUUCCUAGAGUUUUCCUGCUAUAGCCACCAAACUUCUAGCCUGUUCUGACUCAGGUUCCUUUCUAACCGAUCACACAGACAAUUUUGUUCUGUAACAAACUGUAAUUCUCACUGUAAUUGCUCCUAACUCUCUCUUUCUAUCUCUCUCUCUCUCUCUCUCUCUCUCUCUCGUAUUUUAAAUUGUCAAGCAAAGAUUUGUCAGACAAAAAGCUAAGUCUUUCUAGAAUCUUCAAACUUUCCUCUUUGUAAUAUUUAAACAAUGAGGAACAAUGUUUUCUGUCACUUUUUCAAACACUUGUAGACACAAUAGAAAUAAGCCUAGAGCCACAAACGUUUUCCUUUUCAUAAUAGACCUUUUUCACAGACUGUAAUGGUGCAUUUCCACCUUAUCUAUCAUUAUAAAUCUCGCAAUGUUUUUUUAUAUAUUAUACCUUUUUUAAAUUGUUAGUGUAAGUUUGUUGCAGUAUUAUUUGUGUUAUAUUACUCUGGAGUAAAAAAGGAAACUAAUUACCACAGCUGUGAGGGGGUUUCGAUUACAGCGAUCCCAUUUUACUCUCUUAAUCCACCACAUUUUUUUAUUUUUGUCUUGGAGCAAAUAGGUAAGUGAAACUAAUAUUUGCUGUGAGUAUGACAUUUAAAUUCACCACUGUCGAAGUUUACCCUGCAAAAGUUUACUUCCACGUUCCAAAACCAUGAGUGUGAAAAAGGUCUUUAAUUCCCUCUAGUCCAAGGUGACUGUCUUCUCUGUAAUUACCACAUUCUAACUCAUCAUCAUCUUUAUUCACAUUCUCCACAGUGAUGUGUUCAUAUAAACCAUCAGCCACUGAUUGCAGCACAUUCCUUUGUGAAUUUAUUAUCAGAAGUUUGUGUGAUUGCAAAAAGAUGUGUUCCAAUUUGGGUUACAGGAUGCAAAAUGUGUCAGACCAUAAUGUGCCAAAACUUCCCUCUUUAUUAAUUAAACCGCCUGAAGCGAUUAUGCCGCGAGGUGUUUUCGAGAUCACUUUAGAAUACUGAGAUGGAACAAAAUCCCUCGACACACACAUACAACACAACAACACCCAUAAAUUAAUACAAAUGUGAAAAAAAGUUAAAUCCUUGAAAUUAAUUGCAGAUUGCAUUUGUAGGCUGCCAGUUGGUUCUAUCUCAAUAGAUUUUUACCACUGGCUCUCUGUUGCCUGCUUUAUUAACCAUGCUGAACUUGAGGUAUCCUACUUAUCAUCUUUCAAACCAAUAGGUCUUGUUUGUAUGGCCAAUUUGUUGAUGGGACUUGAUGUAUUUUGAAUUGUGAGACAGCAGGGGACUUGUAAUUUACAUUUUAUGAUGAAAACGGAUUGUUGAAUAUUCUCAUCGGGCACUGUUCACUUUUACAUGACACUUGAUAAACACUGUGUUAGCAAAAACACUCACCUUGGACAUGUUUUUGAAUAUGUUUACUGUAAUAAUUUUUAAUCGUAUUAUUUGUUUCAUUGAUUUAUUGGUAGAACUAGCAUUUAACACAAAGCAUUCUGAUAUUUAACAACUUAAAAACAAAUUAACAAAGCGUUUUAACAAAUUGUGUGCAUUAUGAUCAUAUUUAUAAACAUUAUGAAUAUGAUAUGACAGCUUGGGCUUGUCACAGAUGGCUUGAGCUUUUUGUAGGGCUGUUUUAAAACCCAAUGUUUAGAGUGUAAGCUGGUAAAUUGUUUGAAAUUAUGCUGUAAAAUGGAAAUAAAACAGUUAAUUAUUUUCCCCCCUUUUUUCUGCAAUGAUUUGUAUGUAUGUUGUAAGCUUUCAAUGUAUUUUUUAAAUAGAAAGUCUAUUUUAAAUUAACUAUAUGCCGCUGUAUUAGCUAAAGCAGGUCUUGCAUACAUUCAUGA